GUGCGCAAAAGUUCAAACGCGGUCUGAAUUCAAACUGGGCGGCGGGUAAAAAGAAAACAAGUGAGCAGCUACAGGACGACAUACGUGUAGCUAAAGAGAGCUAAAAAACCGACAAAAUGUCCAAAACUUUGCAAGGAAUUACUUUGAAAGGAAGUGCCGAACUCGUUGCUGAGUUCUUCUCAUUUGGGAUCAACAGCAUUUUGUACCAGCGAGGCAUCUAUCCUGCAGAAACCUUCAGCAGAGUCAGCAAGUAUGACAUGAGUCUCCAGCUCACCACAGACCCCAAACUGAAGAACUACCUCACCAACGUGGUGACACAACUCAAAGAGUGGCUGUUUGACUGCACAGUGCAGAAGCUGGUGGUGGUGAUCACUUGCCUUGAGACAAAUGAUGUCCUGGAGAGAUGGCAGUUUGAUAUAGAGUGUGACAAGACAGCUAAGGAGGACAGUGCUCCCAGGGAGAAGUCGAUGAAAGCCAUCCAGGAAGAAAUCCGCUCAGUUAUCAGACAGAUUACAGCCACGGUCACUUUCUUACCUUUACUGGAAACAGCCUGUGCGUUCGACCUCCUGAUCUACACAGAUAAGGAUCUGGAGGUCCCUGCGCAGUGGGAGGAGUCUGGGCCUCAGCUUAUUGACCAAUCAGAGGAGGUUCGGCUUCGCUCGUUCACCACGUCCAUCCACAAGGUCAACAGUAUGGUGGCCUACAAAAGGACAAACUCCAUGUAAACAUUUUCUCUGUUCUCUUUCUUUUUCUCUCUCUGUUUGUUUUCUGUACAUAGUUUUCAUGUUUUUCCCCAAACAGAUCUCUCCUUUGCUGAGGUUUUUAUGGCUGUAACUCUGAAAAUGAAUAAAAACAUUCUGGUUU